GAUACCUCUCUGGAAGCUUAUGGCAGGCCAGCCAGGGCAUCACUGCCCUUCUUCCUCAGCCAAGCAGAGAGGGUGACCUUGAGGAGGUCCCAGACACAGCAGCACCAUGGCCUCUGCCACCUCUGUGACCAGCCUGGAAGAUGAAGUCAACUGUCCUAUCUGCCAAGGCUCCCUGAGGGAGCCAGUCACCAUCGACUGUGGCCACAACUUCUGCCGUGGCUGCCUCACCCGUUACUGUGAGAUCCCGGGCCCAGACCCCGAGGAACCCCCAACUUGUCCACUCUGCAAGGAGCCUUUCCGCCCAGGGAGCUUCCGGCCCAACUGGCAGCUGGCCAGUGUGGUAGAGAAUAUUGAGCGCCUCAAGCUGGUGUCCAGGCCAAGCACAGAGGAGGAUGUCUGCCAGGAGCAUGGGGAGAAGGUCUACUUCUUCUGUGAGGAUGAUGAGAUGCAGUUGUGUGUGGUGUGCCGGGAGGCUGAGGAGCACCGAGCCCAUACUGUGCGCUUCCUGGAGGAGGCAGCAAGACCCUACAGGGAACAGAUACAGAAGUGUCUUGAGUGUCUAAGAAAAGAGAGAGAGGAGAUUCAAGAAAUUCAGUCAAGAGAAAAUCAAAGGAUACAAGUCCUACUGACUCAGGUGGCCACCAAGAGACAAAGAGUGAUCUCUGAGUUUGCACACCUGAGCCAGGUCCUGGAGGAGCAGCACAGUAUCCUUUUAGCCCAGUUGGAGAGACUGGAUGGGGACAUCCUGAAGCAACAGGAUGAGUUUGAUGUCCUGGUCACUAGGGAGAUGUGCCAGUUUAGCUCACUGAUUGCAGAACUGGAGGAGAAGAAGGAGAGGCCGGCCAGAGAGCUCCUGACGAAUAUCAGAAGCACUCUGAUAAGAUGUGAAACUAGAAAGUGCCGGAAACCAGAGGGUGUGUCCCCUGAGCUGGGCCAGAGGAUUCGUGACUUCCCCCAUCAGGUCUUCCCGCUGCAAAAGGAGAUGAAGCUAUUUCUGGAAAAAUUCUGCUUUGAGUUGGACUAUGAACCAGCUCACAUCUCUCUAGACCCCAAGACUUCCCACCCUAAGCUCCUCUUGUCUGAGGACCACCAGCGGGCUCGGUUCUCCUACAAAUGGCAGAACUCGCCAGACAACCCUCAACGUUUUGACCGGGCCACCUGUGUCCUGGCCCACGAUGGUUUCACAGGGGGAAGACACACCUGGGUGGUGAAUGUAGACUUGGCUCAUGGGGGCAGCUGCACCAUAGGUGUGGUCAGUGAGGACGUGCAGCGGAAGGGAGAGCUUCGGCUGAGGCCAGAGGAGGGGGUGUGGGCCAUGAGGCUGGCAUGGGGCUUCGUCUCAGCCCUUGGCUCCUUCCCCACCCGGCUCACCCUGAAGGAGCAGCCCCGACAGGUGAGGGUGUCUCUUGACUAUGAAGUGGGCUGGGUGACCUUUCUUAAUGCUGUGACCCAGGAACCCAUCUACACCUUCACUACCUCCUUCACCCAGAAGGUGUUUCCCUUCUUUGGACUCUGGGGCCGAGGGUCCAGUUUCUUCCUGAGUACCUAAGAUUGUGAAGUUAGCUUCCUCUAGGUACAGGACUCAAAGAGACGACUUUGUAUGGACUGUGUCACUUGGCAGGCUUGAAACAGACAUCAUGGCUUUAGAUGAUAUAAUGGAGUCAGGACUUUAGCAAGGACAAAAUGGGACGAACUUCAAUCCGUUGAUCAAACUGUUUGCUCAAUGCUCAGUAGAUGGUCUGGGGACUUGGACCACAAACAGCUAUCCUACCACCACCCCCACCAGUGCAGAAGGAGCUGUAUAGAAGAAAGAAUACGAAAUGUGUAGCCAGAAGACAUGGGUUCUAGUCCCAGCCUCAUAAUCAACCAAUCCUGCAAUCUUAAGUAGGGCAUCUCAUCUCUCUUCAUCUUAUCUUCAUCCCAAAAUAAUAGGGUUUAUUUACUCAUAUCCUCAAGACACAUUUAAUUUGUGCUAAUUAUGAACCAAGCAGCAUGGUAGUCAUUGGUGACAAAAAUAAAGGAAAAAAAAUCUUUCUCCUUGUUUGUAGGAGUUCAUGGGAAGAGACAGAGACAUGAAGAGGAAAUUAUACUACAAGGUGAUGGAUGCUGUGAUAGGGGUGUGACCUGAGUGUUAGGGAAGCUCAGAUGAGGGAGCAUAAUCCAUCUUGGAGAGCAGAGGGUGAGUUGGGCAUGGCUUUUUGGAAAAAGUGAGUCGAAAAGAUGAGUGUGAUGAAUGAGGAAAGCGAGGAAGAAGCAUCUUAAGAAGAAGGAAUGAUAGAACCUGCAGGAUGAUCUAUAACCUACAGGACACUGGGUCAUAUCCAUUGUCCUCAUGAACAGAUGUGCUGCCA